AUGAGUCAUGAGAUACAUGAAGUAAUCAAAUCUCAAUCACCAGUAUAUCAUAGACUAAACUAUUUAUUGUAUAUUGGUCAAAUAUACUCGAUUAUAUCUCCAGAACUUGCAAGGCAGUGCUUUCGAAAUGCUCGUGAAAUAUCACGGAAGAAAGUUGCUCGUAUUUCAUCGAAAUCCCGUCAUUGGUGGUGCUUAAAAUGUAAUAGUCACUUGAUACCUGGUAUAUCUUGCGAUGUUAAACAUGAAGAAAGGAAAAAAAGAAGGAAUAUUAACUCUCAACACAGUUGCAAAGAAGAUUACAAGUUCAAUAAGCUGGAUCAAUUGGAAGAUCCGAAUAACCAGUUUAUAAAAUAUGAAUGGAUAGUUAACUUAGCUAUCAGAUGUUACUAUUGUAAUAAAAUCAAGCGACACAGCUUUGUGUCUUGUGAUUACCCAACUAAUUAA